GGCGGAAAAUCAAGUGUGACUUCAUCCUUUUACCAAAUAAACUAUUGCUAUUUUAUUCUUCUGUGUCCUUCAAUUUUUUAUAAUUCUGGGUUCAAGAUUAUUCUGAUAACAGGGAGUAGCGUGUACGGGGUCGUAGAUCGAGUGGAAAGUCACGAAAUACGAUUAUACGGUUAUUCACAUAUAAAUACAUGAACUAUGCUGCAACUAAAGUUCUUCAAACCUCACUUUCAGCUGAAGUCACGUUGUUUUCGAUGAAAUCGUUUACAAGAUGUAGUACGCAAAAUUGUUUGUCAUUUCUACAACUACGAGUGGCUCAAUACUCACACCGCCUCAUCAUGAGUCACUUACGUAUGGGACCAAAUUUAACUUUCCAUGUUACCGUUUAAAGCCUAAUUUAUUCCUUCUCAGUUUCAGGUUCGAUGAUAUCGACUGUUGCAUUAGUUAUAGAUCGUAUUUCGACUUGUGAUAAUGGCGGUUACUAAGCAGCAUAGUCUAUCGUAGUUUAAUUGGUGAUGUUUGUUCAGAUCAAGCGAAUUUGUUGCAUUCCAAACCUCUUUCAUGCUCAGAAUACUGAUCUUUUUGGUUUCUGAACAAACAGAUGAUGUCUGAGAUGUAUUAAUGUGAAGUGACAAAUUCACAUUUGUAAUGCUAAGUCAAUGUACUCUAGAGACAAGCUAAUUAUAGGAAGUAUUUUCACAUUUUAAAAAAGUAAGAAUUCCAGGUCAACGUUGUCGGUCAUAUAUCGCCGAGCUGUCAAUUUUAUGUGCGGCUGCAUGUACUCGCAGACACAUUCGGUUUGUUGUAUCACUUACUGAAAGUUCUUAGGUCUCUGUAUCUAUUUCCGCUUUUGCAUGUUGUUAUUCUGAUUUAUUUAUCACCAGCACUUUUUGUUGAAUGUAGCAUAUGGACUCAGGAGUCGGUUGUGUUACGUCUACGUACACAUCUACUAACCCAGAGUUGUAUUUCCGGGAUGGUAAACGCAGAACUGAUUAUGUGCUUGCUUAUCGGUUUUCCACGUCGAAAUAUAAUGAUCAAAACCGACGCCUCCUGUUUCUCAAUGAGCUAGCAAAGCAGAAAAUAGAAAUAGAAGUUGAAGAUUCUAAUGGUAAUCUACUUGGUGCUACUGUAGCAUCAAAUGAAGAUGAAUUUUCAUCAUUAACUCUUAAACCAUCAUUUAUGCAUUUACAGGCCAAUGCACCUCUUCACCUAGGAGAAUAUUCUGAAUCUCCUAUGCCUACUUCAUCUAUUGAUUAUGCAGAACCAGAUAAACCAACAGAUACAAGUCCACCAUCGUGCAUGGAUCGUUAUCGUCACCAAGCUUUGGAUGACAAAACAAUUUUGAUGACUCCGGAUAAUUUAGUCUUUGUUAAAUUACAUGCUUCAUGGGAAGCAAUGACAUAUUAUGCAGAGUAUUUAAAAAUGCGUAAACCACUUCGUCAAUCUGAUAAAAUUUUUCAACUAGCUUAUGGUUGGAAACUGGAGAACCGACCACCUAAACCUUCUGUUUUAAAAGAUUAUUUUAAAUGUUUACAGUCGGACAAAAAUAUUAUCAAACCAAUCGAUUCAUGUUGUACUUGGCCAUUUUCACUGAAUAAGCAAUACUUAUUUGAUAUACCAGAAAAUAAAGAUGAAUUUUUCACUGCAGUUGAACGAGCUCUUGUCUUAGAUCAUAUUCUACGGCGUACCGGUUAUAAAUCAGAGGAUUUAGUGAAUACUGAAGAUCUAUACGAACCUAGCAUUAGUGAUAUUGUAACAAGUCAUGACCUCGCAGAUGAAAACUCGGGAUCAUCGAAUCAAGCUAAUUCAUUGUAUGUAAUGGCAACAAAAAAUCUAGGCAUAACUAAACUGAUUUCGGAUGGAAUUUUCUCAGCUGCUUAUCCAUUACAUGAGCCUGCUGGUAAUACUCUGGCGCCGACCGAAUUCAAUAAUCGAAUCUUACUUCAACGUUAUUGGGCUUCAUAUAAAAUGUUAUUUAAAUGCCAACCUAUCAGUUAUAUUCGAUAUUAUUUCGGUGAAGCUGUGGCUUUUUAUUUUGCUUGGCUUGGUUUCUACACAGCUUGGCUUUUACCAAUUGCAAUAUUUGGAAUUCUUGUUUUUCUUUUCGGUUUAUUGGAUUUAAAAUCCGACUCGAUUAUCCAUGAAGUAUGUGAUCUUGGUCACAACAUAUAUAUGUGUCCAUUAUGUAAAUCAUCUAAAUGCAAAUUUUGGACUCUGGACAGAUCUUGUUUACGUACUAAGUUAAUGCGAUUAGUGGAUCAUGAAGGGACUGUUUUAUUUGCUGUGGUUAUGUCUUUGUGGGCUGUAAUAUUUUUCGAAAUGUGGAAACGUAGGCAAGUCUCAUUUGCUUAUCGUUGGAAUGUAUACUCACUGGAACCAAUGGAUCAACCGCCGAGACCAGAAUUUAUGGCAUUACUUAGUAAAAUGUGUCCUCGUAAAAUGAAUCCUUUAAGUGGAUAUGUAGAACCAUUUAUUCCAUUUUGGCGACGUAAAGUACCAAUUAUCUUUCUCAGUUUCUCUACUGUUCUGUUAACUGUGAUGCUCACAUUAGCUUUUCUUGUUGGUGUGGUUUUAUACAAAUUAGUGAUCAAAGCAAUUUUGUAUCGUCAUCAUAAUCCUAUGGUACAAAGUACCUCUGGUAUGAUUGCUACUAUGACUGGAUCUUUAGUUAAUUUAGUGACAAUAUUCUUUUUAAAACUAAUUUAUGAUCGUAUGGCCAUUAAAUUGACUGAUGUUGAACAUCAUCGUACACAAGUGGAAUAUGAUAAUAGUUUGACGCUAAAAUUAUACCUAUUACAAUUUGUCAAUUAUUAUUCGUCAAUAUUUUAUAUUGCAUUUAUACAAGGUACAACUUCAGCUGUUCCUGGCAGUGAUCAUAUAUUAAUCCAGUCAACUGGUUGUGACCAAGGUGAUUGUCUAUUCGAAUUAUUCAUACAACUAGUUAUAAUUAUGGUUGGUAAACAAAUAUUUAGUUUUAUUCAAGAAUCUUUAAUGCCUAUUCUGUUGAAAUUAUUUUUCAAAUUUCGUUCAAUGAAACGUUCAUCUAAUCAUGCUAAUCAUAAUUAUAUGAACAGUACAAAUUAUAAUGAACGGAAUUCAGUGACUACUUCUCUUUUACCAGCAAAAUAUCGUUCGUUGCGUGGACGAAAUAUUCUAUGUCGUGCUGAUUUUAAUAUGUUAGAUCCUGGAUCUAGACCAUUGUUUAAUGAGUACUUAGAAAUGAUGAUUCAAUAUGGAUUCAUCACUAUGUUUGUCCCUGCAUUUCCACUUGCACCAUUAUUUGGUUUAUUAAACAAUCUGUUUGAGAUUCGUGGUGAUGCUAAAAAAUUAGUGAAUCAAUAUCGUCGUCCAGUUCUUGAAAGAGUUCAAACAAUUGGUAUAUGGUUGUCGAUCAUUACUGUUCUCGCAAGCAUUGCUAUUCGAACUAAUGCUUGUAUUAUUGCAUUUACUACACAGUUUAUUGACCGAUGUGUAUACCGUUAUACUUAUAGUCCAGAUGGUACUAUGAAAGGUUUUGUGAAUUUCACUCUCUCCUAUAUGUCUACAACUCGUUUUGAUGUUCCAACUAAUGAAACUUAUUGCAGAUAUGAUUCUUAUCGGUCACCGCCUUGGUCUUCAGAACCAUAUGUAUUCACUUCCGUUUAUUAUCAUGUGUUGGCAGCUAAAUUCAUUUUUGUUUUUGCUUUUGAAACUAUAGCGACUAUUCUAACUAAUGUGAUCAUGGCAGCUGUACCGGAUGUCCCUAAGAGUGUUAGAAAGCAAAUAGUUCAUGAAACCAAUAUUACAAAUGCAAUUAUUUUAAAUGCAGAAGUUGGCAAUCAUCAAUAUAAUAAUGCGAUUACAAAAGAUGUAAACUUUCAGAAAAUUUACAUGUUAAAACAACAACAUGCGAAACUUCAAUCUAGUAAUUGUAAUAUUAAUAAUGAAGUGACUGAGAACAACGAUCAAGAAGAAAAUAUUGAUAGAAAUGAAAUUUGUUCUCAAUCGCUUGUUUAUAAAUAUGUGAGUUUUGAAAGGCCAGCACCUGUUACACUGUCAUCACAACCAAUGCAUCUUACUGUGCCUAAUUUACAUGAUAACCGACCAUCUAUUGGAUUCGAAGAUUUAAGCAAUCAUAAUAACAAGAAUAUGAUUUAAAACCCAAACUUAUAUAAUAUGUUGUUUUUUUUCAAUGUUUAUCCCAUUUUUUUUGUUCAAUAUUGUCAUUCUUUCAUUUAAAUUAUAUAAAUAGUUAGUUUAAUUUCUUUGUUCUACUUCACUCAUUUAUUUGUUUAUCUUGCCUACUAAAUAUUGUGUUGUUGUUGUUGUUACUAUUACGUAAUUUGUUUCGUUUUGUUUUCUCUUUCUAUUGAGUUAUUUGUACAUUGAUUUUUUUUUUCUUGGUCAAUUCAUUUGUUAUUUGUACCGAACGAGAACAAUCAUUAUUGAAGCACGGCAACGACAUUUUUCAUUUCAUAGAAUAAAAUUUUCAUUAGAAAUAUACCAUUAUUUUAACAGUUAAUAUUCUAACAGAUUUUACUAUUUUAAUGAAUCACUCACUCUCUCACACCCCCCCCACACAAUCAGUCAAUUGAACAAGAUAUAUAUAUGCACAUGUAUAUUCAACGUCAAUGUUUUAUCAAUGAAAACACAGGGAAUAUUCAAUGGCAUAACGUGCUGUUGUUGUUGUUUGUUUGUUUCUCCAAUGUAAUAAUUAACAAAUUAUUAUACAAAUAAAGUAGGUAGAACCAAUUUUUGUUUUUUCUGUUUUCUUUUUCUCUUUUUUUCUUCUGGCUUUUGAUAUAGAUAGAUAGAUUUGUAUUUUAUACACUUAUAUACUCCUUUUUCUAAGUAAUACGACUAGAAAUCACCUUUUUUUCUUCUUUUUUGUGUUAUCUUUAUAUUUUUGUUUUGUGCUUAUGUGUUUAGUAAUGUGAUGAUUGUCUUUUUUCUUUGUCCUUCACACGACAUUUCGUUUUGUUUAUUUUUUAGUGAUUUCUCAUAUUUGUACUUAAUAACAUAAUAAUCAUGUUUAGGAUAAUUAAACUUUCUGCAUCAAAUGAGAUUAGAUCUCAGUGUUUUUCUUCCUUUUUGUGUAUACUCAGUCUGUGUUAUGACUUUUAUUCGGUUAAUUAUCAUGUGUGACUUUGACACUAUCCCAAACCAAUGAUGCGUUAACCAGUACAAGCAGCCUAGAGUUAACUAUCAGUCCUUAUUGGUUCUUCUUGCCUAACCCUGUCUGUUUGAGUCCAAAACAUCAAUAUCAGCUUCCACUAUAUGAAUGAUGUAUUUCAGACAUAGUUUAUAUACAAGUAAAUCAGACCUCAUCAUACCAUAAAAUAGAAAAUAACAAUUAUCCAAGAUCAAGCUAAAAGUAGUUGUAAAUGUGAGAGGCUGUGAUUAAUAGAUUGAGGAUAACUUAAGAAUAGUUAAUUGUGUAAUAGUAAUUAAUAGGUCAAAUAAAAGCUUAUAAUAAAAGGAAUAUGAAUAUCCAUAUAAUAUAAUAAUCCAAUAGGAAUAUAUGUAAUAAUAGUCUAUAAAUAAUUCCUAACAGCUACCAUUCAUUUAUUCUUCGUUAGGAUAUAAUAGUCUGUAUCAAUCGAUUUUUGUUAGAAUUGGUGAGGUGGAAAUUUCCUACUUGAAGAUGAAGCACUAUGUUGAUUUCACGAUGAUCGGAGGAUACUGAUACUAACGAGAUAUUUAUUGUUUUGAAAUUCACAUGCCUUCUGUCGACUAAUCAUGUUCAUAAAAGUCGAAUAUGAAAUGUAUUUUGAAUACCCACUUAUAUUUUAUACGUGCACAUGAGUAGUAGACGGACAAUAAAAGGUGAUUCAGUUUACAUAUAAAGCGAAUAAUGUAUAUUCUAUUACAGAUAAUGGAUGGACAGUUAAUCCAAGCACAUAUAUAUUUAAGAAUGAUCUACGUUACAAGCGAUUUAUUUGCACUUGUUACUUAUUGAUUGUACAGAAUGAACUCACUUUGAACGUAAUGAGGAGUGCAUACAAGUCAUUACAAAGAUCAGAUCUUCCAUACUUGAACAUCAUUAUUAAUUUAACUAUCACUAUGAAUCAUCAAUUAAAUAAAUAUUCUAAAAACAGUUACAUAAUCCAUGCUGGUGUACAGGUAUGAUGAGGUUAAUUCACUAACUAAUCUAGCAUGGAAAACCUUAGAGGUCUAAAUAUAAAUUGUUUGAAAAGAUAAGUAAUAUGUUUUAGAAGGAUAUUUGUCACAGGGAAUAUAAUAAUGUGAAGCUGAAGUUGAGGUUCACUAUUGAUACUUCAUACUUGAUGGUUUUUGACGUGUUGUAUUGUAAGUAAAAUAUAAUUGAUCGUUGAGCGUAAACAAACAGGCACUUAGCCUAGUAACUAUUAUAUAUGUCAUUUCCUUUCCUCUCAUUCAUUUCUACUCCAGACUCACUGAGAGUGACUCCUUGUAACUGUGUUG